GGGGGUGGCAACCUCCCCAACACAACCAACAACAAGAUUACGAAGACGCAAAAAGGUCCUCGGGCCGGCCUAACCUUCUCCAAAGGCGGCGUGGCAAUCUCAGGCUCUGGGCGCAAGAAGCGCAAAAAUUACCCCGUCUCCUGGGGCUGCCCGACUGACAAGAUGAAGAUGAAGAAGCGCGUUCUCUGCGUGUACGACGGGCCCCGCCGUCUAUGGAAAGACGACAUGAUGCUUGACCAGGAGUUUGAAGUGCGCAUGAAGCUGCCCGAUGGCAAGAGCUAUGUUACCGAUCUCGAUGUGCAGACGAUGAACCGCGCGAACUCGCUGCAUGAUGCGACACCUGAGGAGAAGGGGCCCUGGAUCCCAGAUAACAUCAUGGGCACCAUCAAGGUGCCACAAAUGGAGGAAUUCAUGAUUUGA